GUCUAUCGAUAAAUUAUGUGAUAGAUUAUGUGACUGUUGACAUCAGGAUUUAACGCGUAACCCCUUUAGGCAACUAUCGUAAGGCCUUUAUUAUAUCCCAAACAUAACUUUCGCAAGGCAUUUUGUCAAUCUUGAAUAUAAUCUUCAUCCCAACAUACAAUAAUAUGUCGUUAACGCCAGCACAAAUUGAGGCAAGGGAGCUUCUAGCACCUAUCAAGUUCCACCAAAUUUUCAAACUACCGGCAACAGAAAAGCACGCAGAGCUCAAGGUGUCCUAUGCCGUCGCAGGACCAUCAGAUGAGAAUGCGCCGACUAUUCUCUUUGUUGUGGGAAUGCUAGGAAUCAGAUGGCUGGCAUUCUCCUUUGAUCAUGUGGCCAUGGAAGAAGGAGUGAGAAUGAUUUUUAUUGACAGAGUUCAAGGAAAUAUAAAUUUGUGCGAAUAUGUGGCCAGGCUAUUGAAGACACCCUCGUUCCCAAUUUGAUACCCCUAGUAUCGGUGAGCCUAGUGGCGUGUAGGUGAUGAGUCGUAAUAUCAGUCAAUUGAAGAAUUCAAUAACAGCAUGCCUAUGAAGCUACAGAAUUGUCUAAACUAAUGCCUCCCUAGACCUGGUUUCGGGGGCUCUACUUCCGUUCCACUCCAAGAUCGGUUGCCCAUCUAUCUGGAGACUGUUCCUCUUCUCCUUAAGCAUCUGAACAUUGAGCACGUUUCUCUUGCAAGCCAUAGUGCUGGGACUAUAUACGCUCUCAACAUCAUUGCCACCCUCCCUCAUAUCAUUUGUCCGAAACGUCCCAGGAUCACCCUGCUUUCUCCUUGGGUUCAUCAAAACUUAUCAUCGACGACCUUUCUUCAGAUUGCUUCAAAGCUUCCCAAUACUAUGAUCAAUCAUUGGGGUUCGGUUAUGAAUUUUGUUCUGAACAGUGCUACGCCGAUGAUAGCAAGUUCAGGGUCGGUUUUUUCUACUUUGAAAUCUUCUUUUUCUCCUGCGGCAACUGGGGUUGCAAUUCAGGAGGCGGCCGAACAGAAGGUUCGAGAGGCGUAUGGUGUAUCGAAAGAGACAAAAAGAGAGAUGGAUAGUCUGAUUUUUAAAUGGGCAUUUUUGGAAGAUACGACGGGUCUAAAUGAUGAGGCUCGAUUGUGUUUGAAGAAGACAGAUGACUGUAGCUGGAAUGCUUGCGAGAACUACGAAGAAAUGGUCAAGAACUUGGUAGAAUUGUGGACCCAAAGGGUUGAAAGGAACCAGAGUGCUCGGCUGGAUGUCAAAAUUUACUUUGCCGAAGAGGACAUAAUGAUUGGUGAGAAGGGAAAAAAAUACUUCCGGAAUUGUUGGACUAGCGAGGAUUGGACUGCGGGAAUCGCAGUGGACUGCGAACAGUUGAAGGGUACAGAUCAUGACAGUGUCUUGGACCCUCUCAGGAGUCUACGGGAGAUUGCAAAAACAGCGAGGCAAACAUUAGAUUGAAGGCCGAUACUGGCCCCUACGACAAAUGGCACUCUCACCUGGCAUUGUCAUAGAGUGUGGGCGCUAUAGGCAUCUUGUGUAUCCGUAUGCACAUAUCAUUAGACUUUGAAACAAAUUAACGCAUGGGAGGA